AGAUGGCAUCACUCAUGCCACUGAAGGAUAAGAAGCUCAUGGAGGUUAAACUUGCAGAGCUGCCAAGCUGGAUAAUGAUGUGGAAUUUCACCCCCAGUGGCAUAGUGGGAGCCUUUCAGAGAGGUUCUGACUGGUAUUACAACAAAUACAUCAACGUGCGGAAAGGCAGCAUCUCUGGGAUUAACAUGAUGCUGGCAGCCUAUGUGGUUUUCAGCUACUGCCUUUCUUACAAGGAAUUCAAACAUGAGCGGCGAUGCAAGUACCACUGAAGAAGGGUCACUGUGGAGGGCACUGCACACCAGAGCACAACCGCCUGCCCCACUCUCAUCCAUGACUCCAACUUUGGCUGAGUCUUCAUGUCCUAAGACCUAGUGUCCAAUAAAAGGUGACUGGCUCAUGAAA